GGAGGGGUGCGCGACAGGCUGCGGCUGGGACGCUGACCACGCGUAGAAAAGACAGUUUUAGCUGAAAUAAAGUGACACCCAGCGGGUCAAAAUGCUUAUGUUAUCGUUUCUUAGCGCAGCGGUUCCCCGGUCUUGUUUCCGAACUGCGUUGCUAAUUCCACUGCUUGAAGCUACACGGAGGCAGCUAGCUUCCCCACCAGCUUCCACACACUGUCAGCAGGGACUCCCGAUACUAACUACUACCAAGUGUUUGCUUCUAACCUGACGGUAUUUGAGAAACAGUGUCAUGACAGCCGCGGAAUUAAAGUCGUGACAGCGGGUUUUUGCGCUGUAACCACCGGAGUUAGCAUGGUGGCUAGCACCAUAGCCCCGUUAUGACAGGGCGUUAUAACCGUAUGUGGCCGUACACACAUGCCGUAAGGGCUCUUACCAGCCACCGUCAGCCGGACAAAUCCCCUGGCUUAACGCACUUGUCACAUUGUGUUUAUGUUCAUAGCGACCUGCGUGGCCACUCGUACAUGUGUACUUCAUAGCAUAGCAUAGCUUGCUAACUAGCUAGCCCAAGAUACUACUAUUCAAAUCAACAAGCGCCAAAAACAGCACCGGCGACAGCAGACACUGACAUCAGGGCAGAGCCAGGUGAAAACAAGUCAAAUAUAGUGACAGGAAAGUCCCGCAAAAGCUGCUCUUUGAUACCCGUUAUAAAAGAAGCUAAAUCUAGUUGUUCAAUAAAGGUGUAAACAAAGCUUGUUCGCAACUUCUGCUCCAAACCAUGCUUAGUGUUUUACCUUAGCACUUACAAUUUAGUUUGUCAUAUAUAUAGAAAUAGGUCUGGGGUUGUGCUCCAUGAAAAAUACCGUCACCGACAGGACACAGGUCUUUAAAGAUAGUUAUGUGUUGUCGCCUGAACUUGAGGCUUGGACUUGAAGUGUGUACCUCUUGUCAGAAUCCAGUUUUGAGAUAUAGGUUAUUUCAUUUCUGUGUUUAUGUACUCACUUGUUUGUCAGGAACAUGCAUGUCAAACUGAUGCAGUCUCAUACAACAGAUCUUCAAUUAACCUGCUUUAAUCAGAGCAGCUGAAGCAUGCUCUUGGCCCAGAUAAAUCGGGACUCGCAGGGAAUGGCAGAGUUUCACGAUGCAGACGGGCAGCCGGUCACUCUCUGUCUGACGGAGGCUGUGACAGUGGCAGAUGGAGAUCAGAUGGAGGGCAUGGACACGGUGAGCCUGCAGGCUGUCACUCUAGCAGAUGGAUCCACUGCAUACAUCCAACAUGACUCCAAAGGUUCCUUUUCGGACGGACAGAUCAUGGAGGGCCAGGUGAUCCAGCUGGAGGACGGAUCUGCUGCCUAUGUUCAGCAUGUGUCGAUGCCUAAAUCAGGAGGGGACAGUUUACAGCUUGAAGAUGGACAGGCAGUUCAGCUUGAAGAUGGAACAACAGCCUAUAUUCACACACCCAAAGAUACAUAUGACCAGACGGGCCUGCAGGAGGUGCAGCUGGAGGAUGGCAGCACGGCCUACAUCCAGCACACAGUGCACAUGCCCCAGUCCAACACCAUCCUGGCCAUCCAGGCUGACGGUAGCAUUGCAGACCUGCAGACUGAAGGCACUGCCAUCGACCCUGAGACCAUCAGCGUGCUGGAACAGUACACCACCAAGGUGGAGAAUAUAGAAAACCCCUUAGGCCCCUUCAGCAGAGUGGAAGGAGACAAUGGUGUUCACAUGCGGAUUGUGUUACAGGGUCAAGACAACAGGCAAGCAAGGGUCCCAAAUGUAGGAGAAAAAUCUUUCCGCUGUGAAUACGAGGGGUGUGGUAAACUCUACACCACUGCCCAUCAUCUCAAGGUACACGAACGCUCCCACACCGGAGACAAACCAUAUGUCUGCGACUAUCCGGGCUGUGGGAAAAAGUUUGCUACAGGGUACGGACUGAAGAGUCACUCACGCACACACACAGGGGAGAAGCCAUAUAGAUGUCAGGAGAUGAACUGCUGCAAGUCCUUCAAAACCUCCGGUGACCUUCAGAAGCAUACACGGACUCAUACAGGAGAGAAGCCUUUUAAAUGCCCAGUCGAUGGCUGUGGCAGAUCGUUUACCACCUCCAACAUCCGUAAAGUUCACAUCCGAACACAUACCGGUGAGCGGCCAUACUACUGCUCGGAGCCAACUUGUGGACGGUCCUUUGCUAGUGCCACCAACUACAAGAACCACAUGAGGAUUCACACCGGGGAGAAACCAUAUGUGUGCACAGUGCCUGGGUGUGAAAAGCGCUUCACAGAAUACUCCAGCCUUUACAAACAUCAUGUUGUUCAUACGCCCUGCAAACCUUACAACUGCAACCACUGUGGGAAAACCUACAAACAGAUCUCCACACUCGCCAUGCACAAACGCACAGCCCACAAUGACACUGAGCCCAUCGAGGAGGAACAGGAGACAUACUUUGAACCACCAACAGAUGCUAUUGACGACCCUUACGUGAGUUACUCAGCUACAGUGGUUGAGGCAGAUGACUCUGGCUCAGAGCAGCUUACAGUGGAGAACUCCGAUAUGGUUGGUCAGCAGCACAUUGCCUUGGUAACGCAGGAGGAUGGGACACAACAACAGGUCAGUAUCUCUGAAGCGGACUUACAAGCUAUGGGAGGCACAAUAACCAUGGUAACCCAAGAAGGCACAACCAUAACCAUCCCAGCCCACGAACUUGCAACACACGGUUCUCACUCGGUUACCAUGGUGACAACAGACGGCUCAGAUGAACAGGUGACCAUCAUGACACCCGACAUGGCCUCGUUCCAAACGGUGGAGGAGGCCGGCUACAGCCAAGAACAAGAUGGAAUGCAUCCUGUCACGUUACUAGCCACCUCCAACGGCACUCACAUUGCAGUGCAGCUCAGUGAUCAGCCUUCGCUGGAGGAAGCCAUCAGAAUAGCAUCAAGGAUACAACAGGGAGAGUCACCAGGCCUGGAUGAUUGAUGGACUCAUUAUGGACUAUGAUUUAGGAUCAAAACCAUCUCAUCAUGAGAAAUCCUGUCUUCCUCCAUGUUUUUUUGUUCCACAAAAGAACUUAGCUUUUAUGUGUACAUAGUAUUUUGAUAACUGGAGUUCAGCUAUGCUAUUUUGUUCCUCAGCCAAAAGAAAUGGGAGAGGAGAAAAAUGCUUUCUAAUGUUUAUGGUGCACAUUGUAAAGUGCAGUGUACAGCGAAUGCUAUUUCUAAUAAAAAAAGUGUGAUUAA